UGCUGAGCAGGAAAGACUAGAAAAAGUGACGGUGACACAGCUUGUAUAACUGUAGAAGUAAAAGUGAGCAAAGGGAGGGACGCGCCUAAAUGAAUUGAGUAAAUGGAAAGUGUGUGUAUAUGCGAGGGGUGUGACUUACUGAGGGGAGACUGAGUACAAGAGAUGGAAUGAUACAAGGGAGGAGAAAUUCAGGGCAAGAAAGGCAGAGGGAGGAGAUACCCUGGUAAUGGAAAGUAAAAAUAAGUAGUGAUAUAGGGUGCUUGUAAUAAACAGAUACAGAAGAAGGAGAUAUUCAUAAGGUGUCUGAAUAAACAUUAUACUAUAAGUGGCAGAUAUGCUGAGGGUUUUGUUUCACCUGCUCCUCAUAUGGAGCACAGAGGUUUAUACAGGACAUAACCAACCAAACCUAAACACGAAGGGUGAGAAGAAUGAUGAGACAUGGAUGAUGGAGAUGCAGGACGUUGCGCAGCUCUCCUGGGAAUACUUGCAGGACAUGCAGUUCUGGUCAUGGCAAGAGGAAUCUACAGAAGAGAAGAAAAUGCACACAGACUGGAGUUUGUCUGACCUUGGCUGGAAUUCUCUACAACUCAUUUCUGAUUGGUACAAAAAAGUGACUGUUAGCAGACAUCAGGCAUACGCAGGAAUCACUAAUAAUAUCACAGGGUUGCAAGAGGAGCUUGGCAGUAGGAUGCACGGUCAACACCUAGCAGCAAAACUCAUUGUAACCUCCCUUGAGAGAUUCCUGCAGGAUGAAAAAUCCCAGAAGUCCCUGGUUAUGUCAUUUCAUGGCUGGACUGGCACUGGCAAAAACCUGGCUGUCCGAAUCAUAGCGGAAAACCUUUAUAAGGAUGGACAGCGGAACCAGUGUAUCCGAGUGUUUAUUCCUCAGCUGCACUUCCCUCACGUCUCACACCUAGAGGCAUACAAGAUACAGCUACAGAAGCAUCUUGAAGAGGUUGCUGCGCGGUGCCCACAGCCCCUGUUUGUAUUUGAUGAGGCUGAUAAACUCCAUCUUCCUCUCUUCACCUCACUCCUCACGUUCAUGAAUAAAGAUGGAGCCCAGCACAGUCGGAACAUCUUUAUAUUCCUCAGUAGUGACGGAGGCAGCAUUAUUAAUGAAGUGACACUUAACUUCUGGCGUGCUGGGCGCCAACGCGAGGAGAUCACGCUGAAUGAUUUAGAUCGUCCUUUGAAAGUGGCAUUAAAAGAGAACCAAGGUGAUAAACUUGUAUCUCAUCUACUGACGGAGGGUGUUAUUAAUGAAUUAGUGCCUUUUCUUCCCCUGGAACGUGCUCAUGUCAAGUUGUGUGCACAGGACUUCUUUGUGACGCGAGGGCUGCCAUAUAAAGAGACUAUUCUAGAAGAUGUUAUCAAGGAUCUACAGUUUGUGCCAAAAAACGAACGAGUCUUCUCUGCAACUGGCUGCAAAGUAAUUGCUCAGAGAGUCCAGUUUUAUCAGGCUGGACAUAGCACCUAAUAAUUAGGCAAAACUAGGUUGGAACUUGAAGAUCUCAGAUGUGGUCACUGCAGGAAAAUCAUGCAAACAAGGCCUGGCACUUGGAUUAAAUGAAUGCAGAUGCCACAAAUAAGGGAGUCAGAUGAGCUACCAUCCAAAAGGUCAAUUGUCCAGGCUGAAUAUCCCUGAGGAUUGCAAACAGUAGUCUCCAAAUUCUGGUUCAGACAUCCAUGAAUAAUCCCUAUUUUUUAUUCAGAAAACUAGGUCCAAACAUUUGGCUCAAAUAGACUCUUGUUCAUAAACUCUUAUUUAUUGAAUCUAAAUGACAAUUAUGGAGAGAAUCCUCUUUGAUCUAAUACUACACCAGAUGGUGAUAAUAGUAAGACUCUAAGACACCUUGAUGAAUCUAGUACCUGAAUGAAAAGAGAAGGGAAAACUGCAUCCCAUAAAAACUAUGUACAAUGAUGCUGUGCUUCAAAGUUACUGUAUCUUUCAAUGAUAACUUCUCCCAGCUGAUUAAGCACCUUGUUGGCCAGUCCGGAAAACGCCUUUGAUUAUUUCUACAUUGAGUUCUCCCAGAGUACUGAAGAGAAAGGUUAAGAAUGUGUGCAGUAGUAUUAUGAAAAGGUUUGCUUGUCUUACAAUAUGUAUGUCUGUGUGCAUGCAUGUGUGUGUGCGCAUGCGUUUGUAUGUAUGUAUGUAUGUAUAUAUAUAUAUAUAUGCACACACUGUAUAUAGAUAGAUUUGCUCAUAGAGUAUAUACGCAGUAGGUGUACAGCUAUUAACUAGUGGUAGGUAUGUUAAUGCCUAUCGCAUCAAUGCACACGUGUGUGGUUUACAUUUACAAUGACUGAUGCAAAUUUUAUUUGUAUGUAAGUAGAUGUUACAAAUAGUUAACUAGGAAAAAGCUAUUUAUGAUUAUAACAGUCCUAGUUUUAUUAUCAUUCUAAACAUUUGUUCACUGUAUCUUUAUAAAAUAUUGGCUAUGUAAACUAUAUUUAUUUAUUAAACUACAUUCUUUACAAUA